UGAAGAAGUGACUGUGUGAAACCGAUUCUUAAAUGGCAAACUGGAUGGAUGAUGCUUUAACUCUUGAAAAUAAAAGUAAAAUAAAGAAUAAAGAUAGCGUGUAUGACAAUGUACGAGGUUCAGUGUCAAAUAGGAAUAAAUUUAUAAAAUCUAAUUCAAGAAAAUCGAAAUCACGAAGGAGCGACAUUGGUUAUGAAGAAGACGACGAAGAUGAAGUUGAUUCUAUUUAUUCCGAUAUAUAUUCUGACAAUGGAAGGUCAAGAGGUCGUGUUAAAGCACCUCGCGUUCAAAUUUCCGAUGGGCUAGAACCGUGUAGUUGUUUUCCAAAACGCAGUAAUAAACAUAUAUCUUCCAUGUUAUAUGAAGGACUAGAAUGUAAACACAGCGGUUUGAGGGGUGAACCUCAUGCUGGGGUUUAUAAUUUUGCAAAUGACUGGAGGAACGAAUUUGAGGGACCAGAUCCAGAAAGUAUUAUGCCUCAAAGAACAAAUUUUGUGCUUGGAUAUCCUAAACCUGUUAACCUGGAUCCUGAUACGGAUUACGACGACGAGUACAGUGAACCGGAUCAUAAAGAUACUCGGCAAAGUGACAGGAAAACGAAUCAAAUUUCAAAAGAAAAGCGAGAAAGUGUGUCCAAAAAGAGCCAAAAGCCAAAAGGUAAGCCUAUGAAAGAGAAACAAGACAAAGAAACUCCUUUCGCAGGACUGUUAGAUUUUAUGGAACAAGAUGAAGAACAAAAGAAACCGGAAUCUAGACCACUUAUGAAAGGAAUGCCUAUAACCCUUCCACGUAUAGGAUACUCCCCUCCUCCUCCACCAUCACGUGAGCGUUUAUCUGCCAGAUCUGUGGCACACUCGCUACCACCGUUACCAGAAAGCCCUUUCCUGAGUCGUCAGAAAAAGACACGCACAUAUAAAAGUAAUACAUCAGAAGUAGAUGAAAUAAGUGACGAAAACGAUGAGGAUAAUUACAAUUAUGAUGAAACUCAAAAACGACGAAAUAAACGACCGAUGAAAGGUUAUGAUUCGUCACCUAGAAGGUUUAAAGGUCAUUAUUAUGAUACAGCAACGAAGAAAACGAGAACAUAUGAAAUAACACCUAACUUUCGGAAAGGACUUGGAGAAUGGAAUGCAUACAUUAACGACAGAAACAGACAAAACUCUAUGAUUUCUGGACUCCAGGGUAGGCGAACGACGAAUGGUAAUAUGUAUGCACGUGACAAUAAUGUUGUACCAGAGGACGACGAAUAUGAUGACGAUGAUGACGAUUAUGAAGAAGAAGACAAAAAGCCUGUACAGAAUAAGUUUCUAAGCAAAUUUAAAAAUAAAAAAUAAUAUUUUCGACAAAAUAUUUUUUCUAUUAUCGCA